CCCCGCCAUCUGCGCUCCGCUCCGCCUGCUUGGGUGCAUUCAGCCUUUGGUGAUCCUCCAGGACCUAAGGUUUCGGUAUUAUCUUCGGGGCCGCUUCACCCGGAGUAGGCUUCUUUGGCUUGUGAGCCUUCAGCAGAUGUCUGCCACUUCCAGCAUGAGAGUCUUCCUGCCUGUGCUGCUGGCAGCCCUUCUGGGUGUGGAGCAAGUUCAUUCCCUGAUGUGCUUCUCCUGCUCUGAUCAGAAGAACAAUAUAAACUGCCUGUGGCCAGUUUCAUGCCAGGACACAGACAAUUACUGUAUCACAUUAUCUGCCGCUGCGGGCUUUGGGAAUGUCAACCUUGGCUAUACCCUGAAUAAGGGCUGCUCCCCGACCUGCCCCCGUGAAAACAUCAAUAUCAAUCUCGGUGUGGCGUCCGUGAAUAGCUACUGCUGCCAAAGCUCCUUCUGCAAUUUCAGCGCAGCUGGCCUCGGACUUCGUGCCAGUAUCCCACUUCUGGGCCUUGGACUCCUGCUUAGCUUGCUGGCUCUGCUGCAGCUGAGCCCCUGACCAUCCCCCAUGUGUUCUCUCCAUAUCCCCCCCAGCUCAGGAAAAGCCCAGCUCCUUUUAGGUCCCAGGGGACCCUAGGAACCUUCAGCCCCUCCUGGGUGUGUCUAGUUCGCCUCCACAUUCUUUCAACGUCAGGGCUAAGUACCAAAUUCACCCAUACCUGCUCUGUUGAAAUGGUACUAGCUACCCUUGCUUCCAGAGCCAAUCCUAUAACCUCCCUUGGGGAACCAGCAAAGGGGUGAAGAUCUCCUUGGAGUCUUAAGAGUACCAGAGUCAGCGCCGAAUCUUGUGGACAUACUGACAAGGAUGUCUAACCCAAAUGGAUGUACAUCUGUGUGCUCAGUGUAUCCGUGUGUGAAUGAAGCCACUUGGAUUCUGGGGUGGGCAAAGAAGACCUGAAAAGAGUCUACAGCAGAAGACCUGUGUCAACACCACCCCCCCCCCCGGUAUCACUGAACCCACCUGUUCAGGAGGCUGCCCAUGGAGGGCUGCCACCCCUCCAGAUGAAGGCUCCCACCACCCGAUGCAGUUGAGUCCCAUCCUGCCCUCUCUGCCCACACUGGCUUCCUACUGCUAUUCUAGUGCCUCAAAUAAACUGGUCACACCCUU